GGCUGCCAAAUCUGUCCGCCGCUGGCGUUCAUUUGAUCUUAUUCAUGUGGCGUGGACUUGUGUUUGCGCUUGAAAUAUCAAGAACUACGUGUUCGGCAGCCACUAAGAAACCAAUCUGUGCUUUACGGAGAAUACAUUUACAGGCUAGCGGGUGCAUUUUAAGCUCCGUAGACAACUGUCGCUCAGAAAAACAGCGAUAUAUGUCAGGUGCACCGAAAAAAAUCCGCACUGACAACAUGACCGUCAAAAAGAUCGGAACACACAACGGAACGUUUCAUUGCGACGAGGUCCUGGCCUGUUUUCUGCUCCGUCAGUUACCAGAGUACACGGAUGCUGAGAUUAUUCGGACCAGGGAUCCAGCACUUUUGGCAGAGUGUGACAUUGUUGUAGAUGUCGGAGGGGAAUUUGACCCAAAGAGGCACCGCUAUGACCAUCAUCAGAGGACAUUUGUGGAAAGUUUUCACAGUCUGUGUCCAGAGAAGUCGUGGGUGACCAAGCUCAGCUCUGCCGGCCUGGUCUACCUGCACUUCGGCCGUCGCCUUCUGGCCCAGCUGACGCAGCUGAAGGAGGGCGACAAGCAGCUGGAGGUGCUCUUUGACAAGCUUUACGAAAACUUUGUGGAGGAGGUGGAUGCUGUAGACAACGGUAUCUCACAGUAUGAUGGGGACGUUCGCUACGCGGUGUCCACCACGCUGAGCGCACGUGUCGCACACCUGAAUCCUCGCUGGAACAGCAAGAGUCAGGAUACAGAGAUUGAUCCCAGCGGGGAGGUGGUGGUGUUCUGUCAGGGUGGGUGUCCCUGGAAGGAGCAUCUGUUUGCACUGGAGAUAGAGCUCCAGGUGGACACCCCCAUUAAAUUUGUCCUAUAUUCAGACCAGAAUGGACAGUGGCGGGUUCAGUGUGUUCCUGCAGGUCUCCACACGUUCCAGAACAGGUUGCCCCUUCUGGAAGAAUGGCGUGGCGUACGAGAUGAGGAGCUGUCAGAACUCAGUGGGAUUAAAGGCUGCAUCUUUGUCCAUGCUGCAGGCUUUAUUGGUGGCAACAAGACCCAGGAAGGAGCCCUGGAGAUGGCCAGACGGACCCUGCAGGCUGCUGCCCAGUCUCCAGCUAAUGGAAGCAGCUAAUUAGAAAAAAAACAGAAAACUGUUCACUAAUUGUUUGGAUAUUGUAAUAAAUUUUAGUGUUUAGUGUAAUCUCAAUCUGGAUUUAUGAUGUUAGUGCAUGUCUGUCCUCUUGACUUGCUCAUAACUUUACCCGUUAUGUUUUUAUUUGAAAGAGUACUUUGGAUUACUUUCUGGUCUUUUGUAUUCAACCCUGGGAUAAAACGAGCAAUAAACAGUUUUCUACUAUA